AUGGCUUCAGAAAACAGCAUCGGGAUAUCGUCGAGACAAUUUGUGACCAUCUUAAAGAAAUUCGAUAAAGACGGUCAGUAAAGCGUUAUACCAACAAAGCAUUAUACCAUCUGCUGCAUGAACUUUAUUGUUAUUCUCAUAUUUCUUCUUACUUACUCUAACUCGACGAUUAAAUUUACAGGUGAUGGAGACAUCAAACUGAGCCAACUGGAUGCGUUUUUGGAGGCAUUUGUGGACGAGGUAUUUAUUUUUUUCAAGAAUAUUUUUAUCAGAAGUGAGCCACUCCUAUCACAAAAUUUCUAUUUCACAAAUUUUCGGGCAUUUAAAACAAUUUAUGUCAACAAUUAUUUUCUAAUUUUAUAGCUACUGCUUGAUAUCGUAGAGAAGUCGCAAUUUUCUACUGUAAAAUCAACUCAUGUUACUUUUCUAUGCCUAAAAUUGCCUAUGCUGAAAUAUUGUCAAAAAAAAUUUAGAUUAAGAAUUACCUGCUGCCACCCGCCAAGAUACAAUUGCCAUUUUAUAUUUUAGUUUCCUGUGGAACAGUUUUCUCGAUCGAUAUUUAGCAAUUUAGGUGAAGUUGUUUGCGAAACGUUUUCAUAUGCGAUUUCAAGUGAAAUCAGUUGAACAUUCACCCUGAUUUAUCGAGCUGCAUUGCUCGCUGCGAAAACCAUUAUGGUAAACAGUCCUUUUAAGCCAUUGUGCAGCUGGCUGUGUUAUAAAAAAAGGGGUCAUUACGGGGAGAAAUAUUUAAUUUUGGCUAAAGGAAUGAGACAUUUGUACCGUAAGACAGCGUAUAUAAACCGUUGGGAAUCGAAACUCAGUAUCAAGAACUUUUGCGUUUGAUUUGAUAAGAAAUUUCCUGGUUAACCAGAAUACCUAAAUUUCGAAAAUUUGAAGUAUUAUGUGCAGGCUUCUCUAUACCUUAGAGCCAUUCGACGUAUGGUAAUAAUUAAAUUUUAAUUCGCUGCUUCAAAAACAUAGAGGAUAAUUAUUAGAGACUACGACCCCGGGAGGCGCCGGUAAAAAAGAUCGUUAGUUUUGCAUAUAAAUUUUACAUCACCUAGUUUCCUCACCCCACUUACGUGUAUAUUAAUAGCAUUUAUAAUAAAGUUCGGAUAUAACGCGCGCUGUCAUUGGUUGAAAGAGCGUGCUCUAUGAGAGUAUAGAGCAUAGAACUGAGCUAACGCUGUCACGCCAUCUGCCAAAUUGUACCAUGUUCGACCUUUUCCGGGACUUCUUUUUAGCUUUUUUCCGAUAAUUGAAAGUGAAAUUUCGGAACAAGCGAGCCGGCAAGUAGUAACAAAAGAACCAAAGAAAGGUUUGUAAACAUACCAGGCGCCGUUAUUUACGUUAUUAAAACGUGGGCAGAUACGAAAAUCCUCAAAGGAAAAACAAAAUAGACAUUCCAAGUUUUAAAGAUUUUCACGCUCAGUUAGAUUGCAAGCUUACGUACGGUAAUGAAAAUCAAACACAGCCAACACUCGUAUAGUAUAUAAAGUUCAGAGUUCAAAAACAAAACAGAACAAAACAGAAAUGAUGAAAAAUAUAACCAAACUGGCAUAACUGUUAAAAUUCAUACUAAUCAUGACGGUGUCUGAGCAAAUAUGAUCAUGCUGAAGUCCAUCGCGGCUCACUUAUCAUGCCGCCCAUCGAGUGAAAAAAUAAGAGCUCGCUCUGAUAUCCUUUCCAAUGUGUUGAGUGGAAAGUCACUUCAGUCACUGCAGCCGAGUUUUGCGGCGCUGUCAUCCCGAGCGAUCUUCAUGUUCUGGUGAAUUCGGCUGUCGUUCAUUUAAAAAACACUCGCAUUGAACAGUUUGUUUUCUACCUUGUCAUGUGAAAAAACCCGCGUGUUUUUAUGAGCCAUAAUUCGGCUGAAGUUCACUGAACAUUUCACUUCAAGAUUCUGAAUUAAAAACUUCAGGCAAAAGCGUUAAAUUCGACCUGCCGAAUUAUUUUAGUUUGUAAACUAUCGCAGAGUGUGAACUUUGAUGGUUUUUGAACUUUGAUGGUUUGACACUUUUGACAGCUUCUGUCUUGUACAGCCAAUCAGAUUAUUUGAACCAUUCUAACAGGGAUUCUGAUUGGCUUAUUGUAGCGUGCUCUAUGAAAGUAUAGAGCAUGUUGACGACACUGUUCUUCGCUUUGGAAAUAAAGUUUGUUUUGAAAAUUGAAAGUAAUACAUGGGGAAUUUAAUGGAUUCUUUAUUAUAAAACAAAUAGAGAAGCCUUGACUGUGCUCUGUUCUCAAGAAGUGGGAAGAAACACUCGACUAUGUCUCGUGUUUCUCCCUACACUUCGUUCGUGCUCUAGCCGCUUCCUGCGUGCUUUAUAACAGAACAGAGCACAGUCAAGGCUUCUCUAUUUGUUAAAUAAUGGUGGAGGGGAGACACGUUUUCGUAAUAUUAUAAGUUAAACCGUUAACAAGAUGAGAACAUCAAAUCGUGGCUGUAGUUAUGUAAGAUGCGUAAUUAGUGUUUGAACAAUUUCAGAUUCAAACCUUCAUUCUCCACUUACGUUAAAAGCAACUGGCUAUUGAUUUCAUAUAGAGUUUUGGCAAGACAAAAUUUUACAAUUUUAGCGCACCGUUUUCAAUUAUUUUCCUAACACAUAUUUUGUUUGACUCUGGCUUUUUUAUUUGUCUUAGCCUGUGGUGUUUUAUUUUUGCACUAAUGCCUUGGGACUUAACAGAGAAGACAUUUUUUUGAUGACAAUUACGCAUCUGGGUGGUUUAAAGGGGAAAGGGAGACACGAGGUUUUUGAGCAGUUUUCAAUUAAGCGUCGAAAGUAACUUAUUAUGAUUGCUUUGGCUUUACUUAACUUUGCUCUCUGAUUGGUCCAACAAUCUCGAGCUAUCCUACCAAACAAUCAGAUCCAAAAUAGAAACAAUGGCAACUUGGUCAUUCGUGGUCAUUCCCCACGCUGCAAGCAGUUUGCUUUUUCUUAAACUUUGAGUUCUCGUUGGCUAAUGAUAAUGUAAAACUUUGGAUUUGAUUGGUCGCUUAGACACGUUUGGUUUUGGGUUUUCAACACUCAAUUGCUCUAAGCCGUUAUUAUUAUGUUGCAUUAGAGCACAAUCAACUAAACUUGCCUCGCACAGCAUGACUUGCAUACCAACUGAUAAACGAACUUAUAAUUCUUGUAUCAUAAUUGUUCGCAAUUUUCAGAGAGAUUUGUUCAUUGCAUUUUAGUUUCUCAUAAUCGUUUCAAUCCCGGUCUUCAGGGUCUGAUAGAAAAAUGUAGAGCUGUAGAAAUUGCUGAAAAAAUCCGCGAAGAACAGCAAGACGGCGAUGAAGUAUCUAUGACAACGGUAAUAAAAAUAUUUUUUUUUUUCGUGUCACAUGGAUGCGAGCAUAACUUAAUUUGUUACUCUAACAAUUUCUUUAAAAUUGCGUGGCUAUGUAAAGAGAAAACUGAAAAGUUACUUCUUUAAAUUGAUUCAGCUAAUAUCUGAAAAAGGCUCUGCUUUUUUUUGUAUAGCUGACAAAGGAAAUAGCACCCGUUAACUUCCUAACAGUUGAAUUCGGGGAGCAGAAAACAAGAAUUACGAGUGUGGAUUUUAUGAAGGUAGAGAUUGAUGAGUGCUUUCUUAGAGUGCACUAGGACUUUUUGCGAACUCUUUCUGGGCCAGCGAAUAUUGAUCAGAUUUAGAUGCAUCUGUUCCGAGACAAUCGCAAAAGCUCACGAGGUAAUCCUGACGACCUCCGGUAAUACUGGCUGAGAUCAUAGCUUUCAAUUAAACAAGAUUAAUGAUUGACGUGAGUAGAAUGCAAUUAAGUUUGAAAUCAUACGCCUGAUUAUAAAAUAAAACGAGUCCGCAGCGCGAGUUUGAUUUGAAAUCACAAGUAUGAUUUUCGACUAAACUUGCACUACACGAAGUUCAAUUACCACUUUAUUAUAUCCUUUUUGAAAUCACAAAAUUCAGCCACUCAAAUAUAGGAUUUUCACAAACAUUUUAUUGAUCCAGUCUUAGGCUGGUUUUUUAAAAAGUUGUCUUUCAUUUUUCGCUAAUUUGAGCGUUACUUUAAACAAGCCUUGAAAUAUUAUUGGUUUUCGUGUUGGAAUAAAGGUUUCUCAUAGGCUGGGAAAAAAGAUAAGAGCCAACCAGAUUGCAAGGAUCGCUGGUGAUUUGAAAAUGGAUGUCAAUGAAGGAAUAUAUAAAUUAGGAGAUAAAUAAAUAAAGAUCAAAAUAUAACAGUUUCGAACUUAUAAAAUACUUUCUUUAUAGCUUUGGAAUAACUAUGAUGUUGAUAAUAGUGGACAUUUGGAUAGAGUGGAGCUGCAGGUAACAAUUGUAGUAAUAUUUAAUGACGAUAGUGAUUCUAAUAAUUAAUUAUGGUAAUAGGACUGAGUGGAGUUCAGUUCGGUCUGUAAUCAUACGAGUGAUCAGAAUUGGACGACACGGAGUCCUGUUACCAAUUAACCGUGACCGUUGUAUUAUAUAUAUAUAGAAAACGGUCUUCAUUUAGAUGUGUCGGCUGGUAUGGUGCAUUGCUUAUUUCAUGGAUACAUAACGAGUCUAAAUUUUUUUCUGGUAAUUAAAUAAGUCACUCGUUUCUUAACGCUUCAUCUUUUCCUUUUUUAAAGUUAAAGAUUUGUACAUUAAAAAAUUAAUUAUAUAUAUAUUAUUUUGUAUAUUUACAUAAUGAUAUAUACAUUAUGCUCUUUCGACUUGCCGACAAACGAUACCGCUUUGGUUACGCUACGCUGACGAUACAUUCACAGCCGUACGACACGACGAAAUCGAUUCUUUCUACCACCACCUUAAAGGACAAAACACUGACAUACAGUUUACCAGAGAAGUCGAAGAAAUUGGCAAACUGCCUUUUCUAGACUGCCUGGUAAGCCGUGACGACAACUCACUACGGACAACAGUUUGCGGGAAACCGACACAUACAGACAGAUUACUGGACGAGUCAUCCUACAACCCGACAUUACACAAAGCCACAACUAUCAGGACUCUCAUGCGACGAGCGCAGCUAAUAUGCAACAGACAGCUUAUCCGACGAAAACAAGUACCUUGAUCGUGUUUUUUCGAAGAACAACUAUAACGAAGACUUAAUCAUACGAAACACUCACCGACCUAUUACUACUACCGAAGCUAACGAUAACACAACCCUUACGACUAUAGCAAGUAUACCGUACAUAAAGGGCAUAUCUGAGAACAUCUCGCGCAUCCUACAACCAUUCAAUAUCCGCGUCGCUCACAAACCUAUUAACACACUACGUCAGUUACUGACUGACGUCAAAGACCAAGACGAACCGAGGAACCGGCAAAGAGCAGGUAAUAACAUCAAUUGCUCCGACUUCCACGCCUCCUACAUCGGUGAGACUGGCAGAAAGCUCAAAACUAGACUGACUGAACACAAACGAGCGACGAGAAAAGGCGAUGUCCACAAUCACAUUGCUGAACAUCACCGACAUACGAAACACGCUAUCGACUGGGAUUCUGUGCAUUGCCUAAUCUUCAGCAACAACUACUUUCAACGACUGACUCCAGAAAGCUUGUUUACAAACUUGGAACAGACUCCCCUCAACAGGUGUCAACCACUACUGGUACCAUACAAACGACUCAUCCACGACAUUAACAUUACAAACGAACCGAACAGAACGACCUAACUUUACUAACGGAUCGAGACUGACUAAUCACGACCGACCUAUGCCACUUGAGUCUUACAGCCAAUAACAUCACGGCAAAACUGACCAAUCAGUUUAUAGAAACUGGACUAAGAACAUUGGACUGACAACAACUAUUCUUUUGACUCUGACUUCCACUCAGGUUGUCGAAAAGUCAGUCACCACUACUGACAACAGUCCUUCUCAGGACUGCACUUACCCGGAAGAUCAAACUACACUAUUACAGUAAUAAUACCUUAGCAUGACAACUCUGUUCCUUUUGCCUUAAUCUUUCCGAUAAUAACAUCUUAUUAAUCUUUUUAGAAAUUUUUUUACGAUAUUGUAACAAAGAACAAGGGCGAGGGAGACACUGAGGAUACGGAAGAAUUAGAAAAGAAAGUUGAUCAUUACAUCAAAACUAUGGUAAGACAUCAAUGGCUCAGGUAACUUGAUAAUAGUUUAGUAUUCCAUUUUGAUUUCCAGUAAUUUUAAAAAGCCAAAAUUGUUUUAGUACGUAAUAUGUAUAGGUGUACAACAUGCAUUUUAAAGGUUGGUUUAUUGCGUUGUUUUAUUUUUGUUUUUUUCUUUUUUUCGGUAAAGAUAUAAUAUGGACCAGUAUUAUUUCCAAGUAAAUGUAUUAAACAAAUAAGACAAGAUACCUGUGUUUGAAUGAACAUUUCUAAGACCAAUACCAUAGAGAAUACAUGCGUCAUAGUUAUAGAGUCAGUUAUGAAAGCGGAAAUAAGUGGACACUACAAACUAUUUUUCGCAGUUUGAAAUGCUGAACAUUCAAGGGGAUAAAGUCAGCCUGGAUAAAAUGUGCAAGUAAGUAAAGACCCAAACAUAAUUCGUCAAUUAUCUCCGUUUAUUCUUUAGAUAGUGAGAAGAAUCAUAAUUCAUAAGAAUAAUAGUAAGUACACAUUUUCUGUUCUCAAUCUCUACACCUAAUUUUUCAUAAUUAGUCGAGUAGUCGUGAAAUUCCUAUCAAUCAUAUCAAUCAUGAAACAUCUAUAUUUCGGUAUGGUGUUUGCUUUAGUCAAGUUAAAUCUGUCUUGUCCUGUUACAAUAAAGAAAUUCAAGUCGUAACCACACUUGACUUAAGAAAUCGAAAUGGAGCUUAAUCGAACCUUUUGAAAAUUUGUAAGAAGUCAUAUUUAUGAAUCUUAUUUUUCGUCCUGUAAGAAUGUUUACCCAUCUCUAAUGACGCAACUUUGUUUGUAGAUUUUGCCCUGUCGAGGAAAACUUUCUGGAGCAAUACGAGGUAAGAGAAAUCCGCGUAGAAAGACUAACUUACAGAUAUCAUAUAAAAUCCCUUUACUUUAUUUGCAUCAAUCGAGAUGUAUCUGAAAUAGGUUCCCAAUUGUAUGAUGAAACAAAGAAAACUUUGAAAGAGAGGUCUAAACAGGAUAUUCUAAUCUUUUGCUUAAAUAGCUGUUUUACACUUUUUUCCAAAUAUAUUCCAGGCUUUUACUGCCGAAAAAUUCGAAGAGAUAUUUGCACAUUACGACCAGGUAAGCGUCAAAACAUAGUUAUCAUCACCAUUGCAAAUUUUAGCCUUAUCUAUUGGCUUUUGAGCUUUGCUCUCGUUAUUAUUUGUAGGCUCUCGUUAUUAUUGUAGGGAUUGAUUAUUAGUAUUGCUAAAAGUGUUGGUUUUUUAGGUAGCGUUGGUAUUGAAAUUUUUGCUAGUUUCGUAGGGAACAUAACUAUUUCUCACUCCUCAGGACAAAAGUAACGAAAUUGAAGGGUGUGAGCUUGAAGGUUUCCUCAAAGACCUCUACGAUAGAAUACAGGUUAGCCAUAUGCCUUUACACCCUAACAUCGGUAUGCAUAUUUGUCAUACUGUUCUCUAUACAUUUCCUCGGGUGAAUGGCAAUGAUCACUCCUAGUGGUCAAAGGGUUAAAGAAAAAAAAAGUCAGUGAAUCACCAGAUAAAGACAAAGAAAAACUAACCACAAUUUUGUAAUGCGUUGUUAUAAUGACCGUAAAGUAAGUUGCUUAGGAAAAUAUCUCAGUAAGUUACGCAGAGUUUGUGAAAUUUUUUUAAUGCAUGGCAACGUAGGUAGCUUGAUAUUGUAGGUAGUGUUAACAGCAUACUGAAUAUUAAAAAAAAUAACAAAAACAAAAGUUACAAGUAGAAAACGAAAAUAAUCUUCCUUUCCUCACUCAAUUCCUUAAUCUGUUCAGAUGUUUUCCUUGCAAGUUAAACGCUGAUGCAGAUUCAUUUAUUUGUUUGUUUCCCGCAGCCGGGUCAGUCCUUUGAAAAGUUUAAAGAAAAGAUGAAGGAAUUUGACGAAGACAAGAACAAGAAAUUUAGGAAGGAGGAAGUGAAGAACAUUUUGGCCAAACUGUUAUGAACUGACAAAUCAUAAUACUAAAUGUGGCUUUUUUUCCUUUGAAGGGGGUUUAAGGGGUUCGUUUUAAGACAACUUUCCGUUUUUGAAUUUUAGUCGUUGAAAAUUUUUAGCUUUUAAAUUGAUUUUAAAGAUUGACUUUCACGUUGCUUUCCAUUUUUAUGCUUAAGGCAGAUGUAUCAGUAGAUAGUUUCACGGCCAGUUGAGAGUUACUCUCCUUAAGGAAGUUGCUAAAACAGACGGGUAUUUCCCUCUGUACCUUACUGCCAUAUUAAAUGUUAUCUCCAGAGAAUAAAGCAUUUGCACACACAUCUACACAGAAAGUACCUGUUUAUUUUAUAUUGAGCUAAAUUUUUCACGACACGGAAGAUUUUUCAAAUGAAAGGAUUUCUCGGUAAAUAGAAAAACUCCUAAAAUGCUUCAAAUUCAACAUACAAAAAGGCUAAAAUUGACAAUUUAAAUUCUAUUUACUAAACUUGGGGCAAUUAGACAGAAUUUUUUUUUUAAACUUAUAUUGCCCUGAUCUGCCUCGGUUUGUGCCACAGGAGAAAACUCAGAGGAAAGUUUUCAAGAAUCAAAUAGUCUUAAUCUUCAACAAAGAGAUUUAGAAGUAAAGGGAAAUUCCCAGUGUUCCCAACAAAAAAAUUCUUGCAAGAGGACUAACAUAGAAAAGGGGUAGCAUAAAAGUUAACUACCUUAUGCUGGUAAGGCUGAAGAGUAGACAGAUGGUAAAUUUGUCAGGG